AUGUCCAAGAAAGCCAAGUAUGUGUCUGAAAGCGCUACCAGAGACGCCAAAAGAGGUGGAUCAAGAGGAAAAUCCCCUGGCAGAGGCAAACAAGCUGAGGCUCCAGACACCUCAAACUUGACCCAAGACGAAAUCAAUGAAAUCAAGGAAGCCUUCGAUCUCUUUGAUUCCGAUAAUUCAGGCACCAUUGAUCCAAAAGAAAUCAACGCUGCACUUGCAUCCUUAGGACAAGAUAAAACCCCAACCAGUUCUCAUUAAAAAACCUUCAAGGCUAAUUUUGGUAUUUUUUCUGUAAAAUUAUGCAUUUUUUCUUAUAAAGCCAAUAAUAAUUUUUAUUUGUAAAUGCCUUUUGUAGUUAUUUAUGAGUACCCCAACCAUCUUCAGACUGCUUGCUGGCAUUGAAGAACUCGGCGCUGCCAUUACCUUCGAUGACUUCUUAGGCCAUAUCAGCGAAAGGCUUGGCCACAGAAACACUAAGGACGGAAUCAAAAGAAUUUUCGACCUAUUUGACGCAGAUGGCUCAGAAACAAUUAACGUCAAAAAUCUUGCCAGAGUUGCCAGAGAGCUAGGAGAAAGCAUGACUGAAGAAGAACUCCAAGAAGCCUUGGCUAAGGUGUCAGCUGAUAAGACAUCAAUGACUUUUGAUGAUUUCUAUACAGUUAUGACCAAGAAGAUUUAUGGCUAA